GAACAGCAGCUGAGGCUGUAUGCUCUCUACAAGCAAGCGACAGUGGGCAAGUGCGAUGCCCCGAAGCCAGGAUUUCUCGAUUUCGUCGGAAAGGCGAAAUGGUCGGCAUGGAAGGAGCUUGAGGGAAUGACGCAGGAGGAGGCAGAGGAAGAAUAUGUGAGGACAGCAAUCAAGCAUAUGGUUGACUGA